AUGCUGAAGCUCAUCUUGAAACUAUCACCGAUGUACACCGCACUCAGUAUUGAGAGGAGACUCAUUGACCAAAUCGUUGCAGCAAUGCUGCUGCCUCUGGAGUGUCGUCAGGCCAUCGCAUUCCAUCGUAUUGUCAAUCUCGCUGUGGGCGUGUUCAUGAUCCUUGGUGGCAUCGCACAAUUCUUCCCUGUUGGAUUUGCCGACAUCAUCAAAGGAUGCUAUGUUAUCCUCUUCGGUCUCGCGACCGGGCUGUUGGAGUUUCAAAUCCCACCUCAGAUCGCUAAACAUGCCUCAUUCAUGUUCUCCUUCGUUGGUCGCGGAGUCUUUUACAUCUUCAUCGGCUCCGUUGUUGUCGGUGAGGGCUGGUGGAAGUAUGUAGUCGGUGCCAUCAUUGGCCUUAUUGGCAUUGGCUACGUUGCCCUCGAAUACGUUCCCUCCAUCGAACCGCCAGCGAACAUGAGGGAUGCAGACGCUGGUUGGGGCGCUGAGCAAGUCUAA